ACCCAAAACCCUAGACCGCAUCUCCUUCUGCGAACACCACCAACGGCGACGCCAGCUUUCCCGUAAGCGCCAUCUCCUUGGUCGAACACCACCAACGCCGACGCUCGCUUUCCCCCCAUGUGGAGGAGAUCCCCAAUCCACCUCCGCCAAUCCUUCGUCGCUCGCUCUUUCUCACAGUCCACCUCGAUCCCUAAGAAUCUGCAGCGCGUCCGCGACCACGGCUUCGACGACGUCAUGGAGGUGGAGAAGAAGGUACGCCGCGCCCUCCACCUCCAGUCCUACCUCCUCUCCCAGCCCUCCGGUUCCCUCCCCGUCUCCCAACUCGACGUUGUCGCCCGCCGCUACCACGCCUUCGGCCCCCACGAAACCGGUAAUUUCCUCCUCAAGCACCCCCACGUCUUCCACGUGUUCGACCACCCGGUCCAGCGCCGUCUCUGGGUCCGCCUCACCCCCCGCGCCGCCCUCCGCCUCCGCCAGGAGUCCGACGCCGUCCGCUCCAUGCUCCCUGACGCCGUCCGCCGCCUCCGCAAGCUCCUCCUCCUCGCUGCCCGCUCCCGCCGCAUCCGCCUCGAGCACAUCCGCCUCGUCCGCCACGACCUUGGCCUCCCAGAUGACUUUUUGCAGUCCGUCGUCCUCGCCAAUCCCUCCUUCUUUCGCCUCGUCGUCUCCUCUGACUUCCCCGACGACCCCCGGGCUAAAUAUGUCGAGUUCGUUGACGAACCUGGCGACGGCAAUGACUUGGCGGAGUUCACCAUGUGUGCCAUUGAACGCACCCGCGAGCUCCAGUACCGUGAGCGCGGCGCUGACGCCGAGGACUCCCGCUUUGCCUUCCUCAUCAAUUUCCCCCCGGGAUUCAAGAUCGGCAAGUACUAUAGGAUCGCGGUGUGGAAGUGGCAGCGGCUGCCCUACUGGUCUCCUUAUGAGGAUGUGUCCGGCUAUGAUCUCCGGUCGCUCGAAGCGCAACGGCGGAUGGAGAAACGAAUGGUGGCAACAAUACACGAGUUGCUGUCUUUGACGGUGGAGAAGAGGAUGACGAUGGAGCGGAUUGCACAAUUCAGGCAGGCAAUGGGGCUGCCGAAAAAGCUUAAGGCGUUCUUGCUGCAGCACCAGGGAAUAUUCUAUUUUUCGACGAGGGGGAAUCGUGGAAAACUGCAUACAGUGUUCUUGAGGGAGGCAUAUCGCAAGGGGGAGCUUGUGGAGCCAAAUGAGUUAUAUCUAGCAAGGAGAAAGCUAGGUGAACUGUUGUUGCUUAGUCCUAAGAAGGCAAAUUUGGAUAGGAUGCUGACUAGUCUUGGGAGGGGCAUGGAUGCGUUCAGUGGAGGGAGUGGUGCUAAGAGUAAGCUGAUUGGCGAUGAGGGUGAACAGAGAAGUGAAAACGAGGACAGUGGUUCUGAUUCUGGUGUUGAAUCUCAGUUUGUUGAUUGACAAAAUUGAAGUUGACCCCAAGUUCUAAGGAUUAUCAAUCUAAUUAUCAUUAAGUAUUAAUUUAAUCUUUGAAGGUACUCACUGGAUCAGAGCUUAACUGUCUUAUUAAACAUUGAUAUGAUCGUCACUUGCAAAUACCUUAGGUAGAUGACAAAAUAAAGUCAGUUUUGAUCUGAAUAUCAAAUUAUUUACUUGAAUUUGUCAUCGAAAAGAGUUGAAGUUGGAAGAGCAUAAGAUCAUGUCCAUGCUGGAAAGACAGGAGAUAUGUUCCACAGGAUGCUUGGUUUUGCAUGAACUCUGACUUUAAGAGAAUGCCACGGCAUGAUGGAAUCAAGUGAGUUGUUCAAAUUGCUGCUCAUUCCAGAUGAAGGAGCUGCAUCACCUUGAGGUGCUUUUUUGGACAGAGUUCCUAAUCCAUCUAACAGUGAUUUAUAAUCUAUUUAUGUGCUAAAAAGUGCUCUUGUAAGUUUGCUGAAACAAUUGCUACUUUGAAUCUCAUUAAUUACUUUGAUUAGUUCAACUCUCAUGCUUCCUUGAAUACAUACAAUAAAUGAUUCUUCUCUAUUGUUGCCAUAAAUUACUGAGAUAAGUGAUUUCAUCUUGGAUUAUCUCUGUGUUCUCUGUAUAUGUUUUGCUGUGGAUUGUCUUAGCUAAGUUUUAAUUUUUUUCUGUUUACCAGUUUCUACUGAUUGUUUCACUUCACAAUAAGCAAUUUAUUACCCUAACAACAAAUGCUUGUGAGACUUGGAACACUAAUUAUUUCAUUGUGGCUCUUUCCGUUUUUUCUACUCAUGUAUAUUGAUUAUUUUGAACUACCAAGUGAUGCAGUUCAUGCAUUAAUGUUAUCUGUAACUUCAUUUUUUUUUUUUAAGUCUACGAUUGGUUAUGUUAACUUAUCUGUUUGCUUAUGGUAAUUUCUUUCUUUAUUUUAUAGAAUUUUUUAAUUGGAAUUCUUCCAUUGUUUAGCUGCUUUUUUUGGAGGCCUAAAGGCUUGUUUGGUUGCUUCUUAAGUGAUUGAUGUCAGAAAAACUAAUUUCUGAGGUGGCAGUUCUGAAAAGUGACUUUGAGUUAUUGGCUUCUUGGUUUUUCACAAAAAAGGCUACGAUAAACAUAUAUAUUUUUUAUCGCCUCAGUUGUAUGUUUGCUUCCAUUGUUAAGUAGUUAUUUAUGACUGAUCAGCUGCUGGUCUAUGAUGGGGUGAGAAAUGCUCUUUCUUUGGCAGUCUACCAAUCUCUGAACAAUGGUGGAUCGUCAGUUGAUUGGCUGGCAGCAAGCCUCAGCCAGUUGGUUGUUUAUACAUAUCCUCUAUUAGUUUUUAUUGGACUAAAAGUUCACAUACAUUUCUCCCCUUGACAUCAGGGAGCAACAUCUGAUGAGGAAUUCUGCAAACCUUCCCAAUUUCAGUAUCAAACAGUUGACAAAUCUGGAGACUUGGUAAUGGAACAAAAGAACCUUAGACGGAACAAUGACCAAGUGUGACAGUUCUCCACCAGUUGGACAUGUUUCUGCUGAAGAUGCAGUGUCUUUACAAAAUAGGAAAAGUGGCAUAUCUUGAAGGAGGAAAAGAAAACAUGUAAACCCAUCUCCAAGGAAUCUUCCUAUGAAAAUGAAGGCUCACUGCCACUGAAAGCCAAGACCUGAUCGGAGUUUUCUGCACACAAAAAAUCCUUCCUUCAGGGCUUGAAUCUUGAUUAGGAGCACAACAUAGGACAGCUGAUGAAUUCACAUAAAAUGAUUCUUGGGUUCACCACCUUGUGAUGUCCAGGAAAGUUAAAAAGAGGAUCACAGGUUCACCGUCAUACAUAUUCCUGUAUCAGGCUUCAGGCACUGCAAUGGAUCCAUCAGCGCGGAAAUGUCCCAAGUACAAGAUUCGUCCACCAUGACAGUUGAGUAGGAGGACCUCUUGCCUGUGAUAGCAGAGAAGAUGAAAUCUCAAGAGUUUGCAGCUGAGCUUUGCAACAGGUUACGUCUCCUGGUGUAACUUAACCAGGCUUGACCAUGCCCAAGAGCCUGAGGAGAACCUCUGCCCUUCUUGGGAUGGCAGGGACGAUGGAGUUAACGAAGGAUAUGAUCAAGGGGGUAUCGACAGCAAUGAGAGAGUGUUCUGAGUACUAAUGGUGUGGCCGUACCCUGAGAUGAUGGAAGAUGCAGUCAAAAAUGGCUUGACAAAGCGAUCACCGAAGAUUGCAUGUUCAAGGCAUCUUCCUUUCAUGAAUGACUUUUAUGAUCUCUGUUCCAAGAUUGAUUUGGGUUUAGGCUUGGGCAUCGUAUGGGUCUAUUCUUUAUGUAUUAUACACACCGACUUUGUGAAACUUCCAUCUUGUCCAGUUGAGAUUUGGAUGAUCUACAUAGAAAAUUGCUUGGAUAUCAUAUAAACCUACA